AACAUGUCGGAAUGGCGAUGUCACGAUAGUCGAUUUGUGUAAAAUUUCGUGUUUUAACCGUAUAAACGGUCAAGCUGGACCCCAAAGCACGGAUCAAUGUUGACUUUAAACCUGUUAAAAAGAUGAAAAAGCGUCGUGAGCUCGACGCAUUGGUUAAUAAUGGUAAAAUAGGCCGGCGAAAACCGACGAAAAAUGGGAAGCAUGAGUUGCUUCGCUCGGAAACAGACUCGUCAGAAGUCGAAUUUCAAGUCCCUGCUCAAAAGUCAGCUGUGAUAAGGAAAACACAAAAGCGAUGUCACAUCUGUGGGACUUGUAUUUCUGUGUGUGCAUUCUCCAUGAUCACACUAUGCCUCAUGGCGUGCGGAGGGUUAAUCUGGCUCCAAGUCGGAUUAAGAAAAGAACUUGAUGAUCUCAGGGUAAAACUUAUUUCAGUUGAGACGGGGAACCAGGAGACACCGGAGGCCCUUCAGAAUGUUCACUCUUCAAUCAAAGAUAUCAACACAAAACUCGCUGGACUCAAAGAAAUUCAAACCAAGGAAGAUGACUUAGGAAAACAGGUGAAAACAUUAAAUGAAGAUGUUGGAAAACUCUCGAAGAGUGUGUCAGAGGCCUCAAAAAUUACAAACUUACCUGAUCAAGUUCAGCAGAUUAAGCAGAAUCUUGCCACCAUGGGCAGCUCGGUCAGCACGUUACAGGACCAAGUCAAGACAUUCAACUCAUUUAAAGACAAGUAUGAUAAGGACCAUGAUGAUAUGAAGCAAGCUAUAGACAAAAUGGCGGUCCAGAUGACCGCUUUACGCUCCAAGACUGCAAAUUUCUCAUCAAGUUCUUCACCUUCAUCUGAUAAUGCAGAUAUAACUGAAAUCAGCACGCGGCUGUCCACCUUAGCAAAUGCUUUCAAGGAAAAGAUGUCUUCAGUUGAAUCAGCUUUACAACUAGUGCAAUUAACAACAAUGAGCUUAAGCAACAGAACUGCUACUCUUGAAAAGAAAGUGAAUUCAAGAGGAGAUUCAACUGAUAAAAAUACUCCAACCAUGCCGCCUAAUGUCCAGCUGGAUUUAGAUGAAAUAGCUCUACAGGUUGCAGAAAAAGUGAAAUCCAAUUUAACUGCUUCUGGAGAUGUUGGGACGAAUACUUUAGUGGACCACAUUGUGCUUGAACUGGGUAACAUAUCUAAUAGGAUACAUGCGUUGGAAGGCAAAUUUAGUCAAUCAAAGCAGUCUGCUUUAACUGAAAGUCCGAUGAGCAACGACAACAACCAAACCUCUUCAAACAUUAUGAAUACGAAAUCAACUUUGUUGCUUCUUCAGCAGCAGUUGAAGGAAUUGAAUGAGAGCAAGACAGAUAAGGGGCCUGCAGUGACAGAUUCCAGUGGUGGUGUGUCCGAGGGUACGGUACGCGAUCUGAUCUCAACAGCUAUUGCUGCCUACAUGAAGCAGGACAAAGAGCAAGAUAAGGAAUACGAAAUGGGUAUUGAGCGGUUGAACAUUACUGUUGAUUCAAUGAAACAACAGCUCAAAGCCCAGGCAGACCUGUCUUUGUCUUUGUCUACAACCCAGAGAGAGUUUAGCAAAAGGAUAUACCAGUUGGAGCACAAGGCUGCAGCUAAUGCUGAAAAGGAAGACAGUGAAAUGCCUCACAGGCCUCUCCAUCUUACUGGAAUUGACAGCAAUGCAGACUUGCGGAGUUAUUACUACAUCUGGGAUGGAGAUGAUGAUGGCAAAGUGAGUUACAAUGAGUUGAGGUCCCAGAUGGGCGUGCACAUGCCCCCGGAGGAGAGGAUGAAGCAUUAUGAUUACAAUGGCGAUGGCGGCUACAGUGAAUAUGAAUUGGCAUCGGCGAUGGGAUUUGAAACAUAUACUACCCCUUCACCACUUGAUGCAAAUGCUACAACAAGUGGGCCUGAGUUUCUGCACAUCCCUUCAAUUCACACGAAAGAGGAUUUAAAAACUAAUUUCUACCGUUGGGACCGCGAUGGCGAUAGCUUCGUGCGCUAUGAUGAUCUGCCGAUGUUCCUUGGGUCCGACAUGCCACGAAAGCAUCUGUUCAGGCCCUGGGACACAGAUGGAGACAACCAGUACAGCUUGCAGGAAUUGAUUGUGGCAUUUGGAUUCCCACCAGACACAACCAUUGCUCCGGCAACGCGAGGGCCAACAACUGCUGCACCUACAGUCCUACCCACGACUCCACCGCUGGUAAAGAUGGAAGUUAGUGGAAUAGAUUCAGAGAGUACUUUGGAAGCAAUGUUCACAUACUGGGAUAAGAACAGGGAUGGCUUUGCGAGUUUGGACGAGCUGCAUGAAGCAUUAGGGAAAACUAUACCAAGUCCCAGUUACCUUACUCCUUAUGAUGACGAUGGAGAUGGUUUGUUCACACAACGCAACCUGAAAAUGGCAUUUGGGUUCAUUCCGGUGACAGAUGACAUCGCUCAUGGACGUACCCAGGUGCCAUCCUCACAACUGACCAAGAAGACUACAACAAAGAGAAGUGUCCGAUCCAAGCUGUCUGCUCUCAGGAAAGCACUGGAACAAAGAUUACAGGAUCAUUCCCGCAAAUGAUGUAAAUGUCGAUGAGAUUUGACCGAUUCUAAUACUGGCCAAUGAUAGUUCAGGAGAUGAUUUGAAAUGUUAUUUAUUUCCCAAUCAUGCAUAAUAAUAUUCUGGUGGUUUUUACCAGAGUUCAUGAGAGGAUUGUACCGGUCACGAUUAUGGGAUGGAUCAUCUGCUAGAUCAAAGCAAAAUGAGUGCCAAUUGAUUGAGAAACAGAUAGUCUUUCAACAAAAAUGCGAUUUAUUUCGAUAGUAUGAGCUCAUCUUGCUUUAAGCCUGAUCUUCCUGUGGAAGCAUAGUAGCCAUCGUUGUUACUCUGUACUGAAUACCAUCAGAGGGAGGCCGUCAGGAUCCAAUAAACAUGAUGAGAAUUUUUACCAGGUUUGUUUUGAUUCAUUGGUAAAAAAAUUUGGAUCUUUUCAAGUCAUUUCUUGCAUUAUUGCCAUUGGUUUUGCUGAAGUAUUGGUUAUCUUUUGCAACGAACAAAAAUCUAUUGUCAAGACAUACUUAAUUUAUGAUAACACAUUCUGAUCAUCGCUCCUUUUUUGGUGCACCGCUUUAGAAUUCAUGAAUUUAGAAUUCUAAGGUUUCAUAUCGUUCUUGUAGUGAUAGCAAAAAGUGAUAGAUGGUGCCACUGUAUGCUCCGGGCAACCUCAAGUUGAUCCAAACUACCAAGGGAUGAUAUCAGCAGAGGAAUACGAACAGUUGACAGUUCCAUUCGCAGCCACAUUAGCUCAGUCUCCUGGCCCACUAUAGUCCAUUCAUAAAUGUUAUGUCCGCAUCAAUUGGGGCUCUGGAGGCGAACUACUGGUCGAUUUUCUUUGAAGUUGGUUUUUUAUUGAUCAUUGCCUCAAAACCAAGCAGGAUUUUAGGGGUUCGGCAUUCUAGAGGCAUAAAUUAAAAAAAAUUCUUCACCGAAGUCCAAAUGGUUAUGAGAAGAUGACCAAAAAAAAAACCCUGACCAUUUUAUCCAGAUCGGUUGAGAAAUAAACCGUACAGAGCGGAAAAUGUCCAAAUUCAAAGCACUACGUCAAUGUACAAAAAUGCAUACAAAAAGAUUUAUUUUCUUUCCAUGGUUACGAAAAUGUGAAGAUCCUGUUUGGUUUCGAGGUGAAGACCAAUAAAAACCAAACUUGAAAGAAAUUCGACCAGUAGUUCGCCUCCAGAGCCCCAAAUGAUGCGGACAUAAUAUUUGUGAAUGGGCUAUGACCAGGUUCUUUUGUUUUUUGCAGUCUUUCUUGAUUCCUUACACGUUUGUGUUAUGUAAAAUUCAUAGUAUUGGUGAUUUUGACCUCACAUUGUCAUUGGUAAAAUAUAUUCCAUGGAAAAUGUAGCUUAGAGUCAUAAACUCCUUACCUUGGAUGUUAAAAAGAUGAAUUUUGUUGACAUUUUCAACACUUGUAAACAAGAGAAAUGUUACAGAAUUCUUGGUAUGAUUGCAGUUGAGUCUGCAUAAAAUCAAAGGCAUUAGUCGCUAGUCAUGUGGGCGCUUAGUUCUUGUAAACUAUCUUGGCUGGUGUCGGCAUUUUGGAUCAACUUUGGGUGGUCCGGAGUAUUGUCUUUCCAGUUCUGACUUCUUGUAGGUAAAUGUACUUCAAAUUGUGUGUCAGACGAUAAUCAUGACAAAACUGAAGCAAUGCACACACACAUACACAUAGUAUAAAGAGUAGGACUGCACUUUACACUUUGACGCAUUCCUAAGAUCACAGUGUGUGUCAGUACGUCACCACUAUGUAUGAUCCUAUAGUCAACGUUGGCACCAUGAUAGUUGGAAUCAGAAUAAUUUGUUGUUUUUCCACUGCAAUGCCAAUUCCUGCAAAGCAAUUCCACACAUUUUAUUCAGUCAAUGAAUAGAUGCUAGCUUGACGUUGACUUUUUGAGUGGUUGAGUUAACACUAUUGGCCCCGGUGGUCUUAUUCAUAUAUAGUCUUGUAUGGGGUAGCAUUUCCAUCAUUUCUGCAUCCGAAUCCAUCUAUAAGAUGAUUACAUUUGAAAAUAUGAGCCAAGUUUGUAAUCUUAAAGGGAAAAUAUAGGCAGCAGCUAGGCAGGCAAGAUACAGUUACACAGAGUCGCCAAUAGGGGUCUCUCAUAUCUCACAGUACGUCGAAAUAAUUCACUCUUGUACGAGGAAUGUAUUUAUUGCUGACUCUGACAUGACCAAGGGCCCUUACUGUGUAUACUAGUCAGCUGAAGAUGGCCAUAUUAGCCCCUCUGCUCCUGCCUAUAGUCCCCAUUUAAGACAUGUAUUAGAGGAACUGGUUAGCUGUGGUACAGGCUGGCAGUUCAGUUUUGAUGUGGUGGUCAUGUAUUUAAUGUACAAGUGAAGUUUCCCGUCCAGUGACCAUAGGGUAGUGUGUCAUUAUCAAUCAUGUUAAUAUAUUGUGUAGAGGCUAUUAAGCCGGUUUCGGAGAGUGUGUUUCACAUUGCGCCUCUCACACAUAGAUACAUGCAGGCCUAUUGUACCAGGCACCUCUCACCUGGCUUAAUAGCGUCGACACGAUAUUUUGUACUUUUGAUGUUAGUUUCUCUUCUCAAAUUUGUCUGUAUUCAACAGUAUUCAAGCUCUAGUAUUCCUUGUGUAAAAAAUAUCUUCGACAUAACAUAAUGCAUUUGUGCUUAUUCGUGUCUACAUAUAUGUAUGUGGGAGUAAUGGCAAAGAUAAAUUUAGUUUUGUCUUAAUAUUCACAGGAGUGUUCCAAGGUAAUGCCAGGAAUGUCAUGUUGAUAAUUGAAGCAAUGAGAACUAAAACCUCACUUUGACACAUUAUUGGUGAAUUUCAGUUAAGACCAUUCCCUCCCUGAUCAAGUUUUAGCAUUCAAUCAUAGUGAUCUCCAAGAUGUGUUCGAUAAUCCACACAAGUGCAGUGCAAGUAACAGCGCUGAUGGCAAAAAAGCCGUUUGCCUGAAUCGGAUGUUUUUUUGAAAAUUUUUAAUGCUAAUGAUAUCGGUUUGUGUGGUUUGCAACAAAUUGUAAGGUCGAUAACCCUCAAAAUUUGGUACAAUCCUCGAAAAAAGCAAUCAUUGAGCUUAGAAUCCCACAAAUCCAGAUUUUGCUUUGUCCAUUAUAUCUUUGGAGGGUUAUAAUAGUUUGGAGUUCUCUCUAGAGCAGGAAAGAUCAAGUUCACAUUGUGUAUUAUAUUGAAGCAUUGCAGCUGUAAAAUUAUUCAGCAUUCAACUGUAUUUUUAUUUUUUCCUGAUUUUCUCAAAACGAUCCAAGUUGGACUUGUGGGGUUUUAGUACUCAGUGCUUCAAUUAUAGUGCCCCAUUAUUACAGAGACGCUGUUUUGAUACACUAUAGGAUAUAGAUGCAUGCCUUGAUUGGCUUCUACAUGUACACUGUAUCCAGAAACUCUGUAGUGCUGCCCCGGCAUGAAUGAAGUCGGGACUCUUCUCCUUUAAUGUACAAAUAUCUUUCUUCUUCAAGUGAUCAGUUAUGAUAAAACUUAUACAUGUUUGAAAGUAUCCGAUUAUUCUAGUGUCUUAUUAUUCCCUGUUAGCAUUACAUAUCUCAUAUGUAUCCUCCCUUGACAAAAAAGCCUGGUCAGCCUUUAUUUGGCCUGGAGAAUAGGCUACAAUUUAGCAGUUGAUGCUGUGUAACUUGGCCUCCUUGGCAGGGGCAGUCAAAAAGCCAUGAGUGUUUCUGAUAUUUUCCAUACUGAUUUCCUUACAAAUACUCUUGUGGUUAGAUUUUGCCACAGUGUUUCAUUAGGGCAUAUCGCUGUCCUAUUGAUAAAAACAUGCAGUAGAACCUCCUUUUAUAGCAGACGCCUCUCUAUUAAGGACACUAGUUUUUGUCCCAAAUUGGUUGUUUCCAUUCCAUUUGACCUCUAUAAUCCGGACACCUCUCUAUUAAGGACAGCACUAGUCAAUCCCGAGGGUAUCCUUAAUAGAGAGGUUAUACUGUACAUGUCUUUUAGAAGACUGUGAUAGUUACAUUCGCAUUUCAUUUGUUUGUCCGUUUGCUGUGUGCGAUUAGGAAGUUUCUGAUAAUUGACAUCAUGACUAUAUUACAUGUAAUGAGGAACCUGCACAACAAAACCUGCCAAUAGGAGGCCCUGCAUGCAAAUGGACCAUGGUUGUAAUGAGAAAGCCAUUUCCCAGGUCAAUGAUUAUUGAAUAUUUCAUCCCUAAAUUUAUACUCCACAUGGGUAAAUAGCACUAAAAAUGUUGUUUUAUUGGUCCUUAAUUCUAUUUUGAUGAGUUUUAGGGAGAAAAUCAAAAAAAUUUUAGUAGAAAAUGCACUGGAAGUGUACCUUUUAGUACUAGUGCUGCGAUCUGGAUUUUUAUUAGCUCACCUCUUAGCAGAGGUGAGCUUAUCCCAUACCGUGGCGUCCGUCGUCCGUCGUCGUCGUCGUCGUCGUCGUCGUCGUCCGUCGUCCGUUAGCAGGGCACGUUUCGUAACUGUUAGAGCUAUUGAGUUGAAACUUGGUACACAUGUACCCUUAUGUAAUGACACCUUGGAGACCAAGUUUCGGUCCGAUUCGUUUCAUGGUUUGGCCACCAGGGGGCCAAACGUUAAAAGUGAAAAUAUGCAAUAUCUCCCUUAAUAGUAGUCGGGGAAUUUUGAAAAAAAUAUGGUAGGUACUUCUAGCAAAGGUGCAUCAUAUAUCCUCCGGGUUUUUGAUUUGACCUCCUUUUCAAGGUCACAGAGGUCAAAUGGUGUAAAUUGGCCGUUAGGAUGUAACGAUGGCACGUUUCUAAACUGCAAUGACUAUUGAUACCAAAUUUGGUACACAUUUACCCCUUAGUCAGGUGAUCUCAGGGACCGAAGUUUGGUCCAAUAUGAUUCACCACUUGACCACCAGGGGGCAAAAUCCAAAAACCUUAAAAAUGUGAUUAUUCCUUAACUUCUUGCCCGAUUGCCACCAAUUUGAUAUCAUGGGUACAUCUAACCACCAUACAGUAUAUGUCACACAGGUUUUUAAUUUGACCUUCUUGUCAAGGUCACAGAGGUCAAAUAGCGUAAAUUCGCCCUCAGGCCGUAACUAUGGCACGUUUCUUAACUGCAAUGACUAUUGAUCACAAAUUAAGUACACAUGUACCCCUUGGUCAGGUGAUCUCAGGUACUGAAGUUUGGUGCGAUCUGAUUUGCCGUUUGGCCUCCAGGGAGGGGGCCAAAUCCUAAAUUCUUCAAAAUGCCAUUAUUCCUAGUAAUGACUUGCCCGAUUGGCACCAAUUUUAUAUCAUAGGUACAUCUAAUUCUAACAACCAUUCAAUGUGUCACCCGGGUCUUCUUUGAUUUGACCUACUUUUCAAGGUCACAGAGGUCGAAUGUACUGUAAAUUGGCCAUUUUGGGGAAAUUGUAAUUGCUUGGACCUACAUCAAACCUAACACUACAUGACACAAUACCAUGCUCUUUAUCCGUCUUUCCUCCACAUGAGGUGAGCACAAUGGCCCUGGCCAUUUCAUUUCUGCAGGUUCCUCAUUAGAUUAGGCACUCAUAAUGCUAAUAACUUAUUGAGAUCAUCAAAAGCAUGUGAGUCAGAGGGUGGAGUUGGACAAUAAGUAUGUUGCAUAUAAAUAUAGCACUAUGAAAAUGGCGAUAAAAAAUAUUGUACUGCCACACAACGUGAAGGCUGUGAAGAAUAGGAGUCAAAGGAAUCAUUUUUCUUAUGUUCAAACAUAAUCAGAUACCUAUCUGGAGAUUUUGGAGCGAGCGUACUUAACUUUUGACCCGCUCCCAAAAAUUGACGUGGGCGCUGAUGACAAUCAAGUUAUUAACUUUAUGGAGCCUUAUUUGCAUAUCAUCCAUGUUGCUUUCUCCACUUGACCUUUGGCAUUCUGUUUAUAACCCAGUAACAUGCAGGCUACACUGCAAAAACCAGCAUAUCCAGGGUACUUAAGAACUAUAUUUUGAUAAAAUCUUGUUCAACAUACACAUUUACAAUGAAGAUGAUACGGAAAUGUUACUCAUCAAUUUGUCUCUAUACUCCAUGCUGAUGCUAAAAAUCUUUUCUGGUGCAAUCAGAAAAGGCGUUUUUAAUGGAAAACCCUUGAAUGCUGAAACAAUGUGCAACGAAAAACUGAAGUUCACUAAAACAGAUUUGCUUUUAUGUCAGUCUGACACGUGUAUGUACUUUGUCGUGUGGCCAUUGUACAUUUUUGCCUCGUUCUCUAGGAUGGUGGCUGAAUUCUGCCUUCAGUUCAACUGAGAAAAGCUAGCUUGUAUAGUAUAUGUGUAUGAUAUCACCCCGCCCACCGAUUAAUAUGAUUGGUUGCAUCAGGAAAUCAUAAAGACUAAGAAUUUGGAACUUCAGAAAUUAAAAAAAACUCAUCAAAAGGGUAGGUAAAAGCUUCCUGAACUCGGAUGAUAAAUGUUGUUGAUUCAUUGUAUUAAAAGAUAUCACCAAGACAAAUGAAAUGAUACCUUAUUCAGCUCUGAACUCUUAAAGAUGAAGGAGAUACAGAGCAGUUUGUCCAAGAGACAAAACUGAUUAUUUUAUUUUCCAUGAUAUGGCAUGAUGGGGGGCAUUCUUUGUAUAAGGGGUUUCAGAACCUCAUUAAAAUACCAUUUCCUUAUGAGCCUAAUAAUAGCUACUAAACACUAUUUGAGGCAUGUAUUUUGUGACAAAAAUCAAGCAACAACCAGCAAAUAGUAGUGAUAGCACUUGAAUAGAAGACGAAUUAUCUUGCAAAAGUCCCCUAUUGUCAAAAUUUGGAACCUAGUUAAUAUGCUGUAGUAUUGGUUCCAAAUUCUUAGUCUUUAUUUAUUCUUGGUUGCAUACAUGUAUGUGAUAAACACAAGAGAUUAGAAGUAAUCCUACUCUUGUUACUACUUGGAAUAAUAUCGGCUGUUUGCAACCAAUAUUGAUACGAACCAGCGAUGCUGAUUUUAUUUUAUUUUUUCUCAUGGUUUGCCCUUUUUUGAUCGUCUAUCAAGAAUUCUCUCAUCGUUGUCCAUGUUCACAUGAUGUUAAUGACGACAUGUGUGACCCACCACGGCAAAUUGAGUCACGUGUCGCACAGAAGAUGAGCCUAAAAUGACACCAGGACAUAAUAGAAGAAAUUGACGUACUCAGAUUCCACAAAAGGCAGACAAUAGUGAAAUGAACAACCAGUCCAUCUCAACCUGUCAAGCUCGGAGCGAUAUGCGACUCAUUUUGCCAUGGCGGGUCAUAUAUAGAAAUGCACCACAUCAAAGAGUUGAUUCCCCAUGGACAUCCUCAUACAAAUGGACAAUAUCACACUGUGGAUGGUCAUUUCCCUAUAGCUGCAGAUAAUGUGCAUAGCACGUCAUUCCACAUGUCUCAUCAGGUGCCAGCAUUGUGCAUCCCACGUCAUGCCCUAGCAUAAUUAUCCUUCAUGCUGAUGCCAUAUUGCAAAAUCUCUAGCAACGUUUACAACUUGACACCAAGGUGACGAUGUCAGAAUGUCAUUGCGUGACAGUGUCAGUUUUGACAGAUGGUUGCUGCGCCAGUCCUUAUAUCAUCUCCUCGGAAUCAUGUCACAAUUUGACGUCCAUGAAGAAUUUUUGAGUUCACAUGAUUCUGUAGUUAUUGUAAAUAGGUGUUUUUGAGUAAUUUGCUUUUAUGUUUCACACAGAUUUUCAUGGUCUUUUUGUUGAUUGCUGGUCUCCUAUUAUUUUGUAAAAAGGAAAUCAACCAAACAGCGCAUUCUCCAAUCGAAAAUUUUCAUUCUUGCCCAUGGUGGGUAAAGAUAUUGAUUUGCCUUGAUAAAUACAUGUUUACCUGGAGAGGAAAUGACAAUACAAAAGACGAAAGGCUAGUUCAUUUUGAGUGUGGCGCAAGGCCAGCAUUUCUUCUUUUUAAAAUUUCUUUACACAUGUACCCCUACAGCACUGUAACAGGAGGGCCUUUUCUAUUCUGUUGCAAAGGUUUUUCGAUGCCUUUUUCGAUGCCUUACCCUGUCCUCAAGUCAAAAUCAUUUACUGAAUGUGAAUUCUUCCCCUUCCUGGUAUGCUGGGGACAAACAAAACAGUUUAGCAACCCUGAGUGUCCAAAGUCCUAGUUUAGCGCAAUUUCUCAUGGUUAAGAUUAGGGCAUCUUACAAUGUAGCAAAGGCAUUCAAUUGACUACACAGAUGAGGGCCUAUUAUCACACACUAGGGCCUAUUAUCGGUUUAUUUUGAAAUUACCAAGGAUGCUAGUCACCAUCCCUCUCUGCGUUUGGAAAUAAUUUUUGCAAGUAUACUCAAUAUUUUGACAAUGAAUUAUCAUGAGGUACAUACUUAAAUUCAGAAAAAACCCUAUUGGUUUCUGAUCGAAAUUUCCUUAAAAUAAUUUUGUAUUUGCAAUAAUAUCAUGAACAAAUUUCAUGUUUAUUUCAUCCACCGGAUUUUAUGUGUAUGUAUGUAUGAAUCUGUUGAUUUUAAAAUAAUGAUAAUGAUAUACGGUAGUGAAUAAAACUGCUAUAUUUUCUGAA